AUGCUCUCUGCCCUUUCCCGUAUUCCUACCUCUUCUUCUCCUUUUCCACCCCUCUCAAUCUACGGACUCUCAUAUUCUCCAUCUCUCAUCUCAUUCCUUCCAUUUCUCUCUUCUAUUCCUCCGGACUAUUUGACAAAAACCAUACGUAAGAAUCAUCAAACUCGUCCAAACGAACCUUCCGGAUACCCAAUCCUCGAGCAACUAGAAAUGCCAUCGCUUCGGCGCUCUACAUCCCGUUCUCGUAACGCUGCCUCGACUUCGUCAACUCCAAGCUCUUCCAAGAAAAUGAGCAAAGCGAAGUCUCCAUCGAAAUCUUCUUCUUCAAGAAAACCUUCGAAGUCUCCAGGCCGUGGACGUCCAGCAGCUGCCAACAAGAAGACUCCACGUGUUGCUUCCAAAUCAGCCACUCCAAGAACUGCUUCCAGAACUCCAAAGUCACCCACUUCGAGAGCUGCUUCGAGAACUCCAAGAUCGCAACCGGCUUCCGCCUCGCGGUCCCGUUCUCGUUCUCGCGCCCGCACAACCACUGCGAGUACCCCAACUUCAUCGGCGGCCUCAUCGUCUACUCCAAGAUCGACAUCGAGAUCAAGAUCUACAACUCAUACACCAAGAUCUGCUCCGCGUGUUGUGAAGACUGCCGAGGUUGCUGAUGAUGACGAAGCACCAAGUCCACCAGUUCUCCGCCAGAGAACUCCAAGAAAUUUGACUCAGGAUCCACCAACUUCAGCUCAACGUUUGUCAAGACAAGGAGUUUCUCGAGUGUUCUCAACAUCUCGUUCUCCAGCCAAGCCAAAGUCUGGAUGUAUGGACGAGCUGAAAGGAAACUGUCUCUACGUUAAACAGAAAGUUGGCAGCGUCCUCAAUUUAAUCUACCAGUUCUUCUACUGGCUCAUCACUUCUCCAUUCAUCUCUCUCCGAGAUACCUGGAGAGCAAAUCGACCAAAGAAUGACUACUUGGCAGCAUCACUCUUCUUCGUCAUCUGCCUGGGAACCACUGCACUCUUCCUUCUCAUGUUCCCACACUUCGCAUUGAGAAUGUACAGAUCUGCACAGAAGAACAUCGUUGCUCCAUUCAAUUAUUAUCAACGUGAAUUCGUCUUGAAAGUUUCGGAUAUUUCCGAAAACGUCCACAAAUGGUCAUACGCUAAAUGGAAGGCAAUGACUGAGAAAUGGAACAACAAGGCAACUCAAACUCCUUAA